GGCAUUUGACAUUUGACUAUUUGACAUUUGGUGGGCUGUAGUGGAUUAAAAUUAGUGCGACUGCUAGAAAUUAAGAAAUUAAAUAUUCUGCAAUACUAGAGAAAUCAGAAAAAUGCUGUCCUUCCAAAUUUUGGAUAAACUAAAAACUGGUAUUAGAAGCGGAAUAUGCAGUAACCGUAACAUUGGUGUCUUUGCCCCUUGCUUACAGAAAGCAAGUGAUCCCAUCCAACAAUUAUUCGUUGACAAAAUCCGAGAAUAUAAACAAAAAAGUAACAAUGGAAAAAACUUAGUCGAACCCACGCCUGAUCUUGAAAAAGAAUUAACGACUGAAUUGGAAAAAGUUGCAAAACAGUACGGAGGCGGUCCAGGAGUUGAUAUGACCAAGUUCCCCUCUUUCAAAUUUCAAGAUCCCGUUAUAGAUCCCAUAACUUUGGAAAAGUAGAUCUUUUCAUUCUGUAUGUUAAUAGUUAAUAUAUAAUUACAAAAAU